AUGAACACACUCCUACGCUUCAAACAAGGACUAGAAGAUCCUUCAGGUGUUCUGUCCCCAUGGUUCCCAAAAUUAGACUGUUGUGAAUGGGCUGGAGUCAAGUGUGAUGAUAUCACAGGUAGAGUUACAGAGCUUUAUCUCCCUUGUCAUACAAAUCGUCCUGAACUUGUUCCUUCUGAAGACAAGGAGGACAAAUCACACUGUUUAUCAGGUUCAUUCAGCCUCACUUUGCUGGAACUUGAAUUUUUGAACUACUUGAAUUUGAGCAACAAUGACUUCAAGUGUUUCAAAUAUGGUUCAAGCAGUAGCCAUGAAUGUGAUGACUUGUCAAGAGGUAACCUUCCUCAUUUGUAUGGAAACUCCAACAACCUUCACUAUCUUGAUUUAUCAUAUAAUUAUGAUCUUCUUGUUCAUGAUCUACAUUGGAUUUCUCGACUGACCACGUUGCAAUAUCUCAACCUUGGUGGUAUUUAUAUUCACAAGGACAUUGAUUGGCUUCAACCAGUAACCAUGCUUCCUUCGCUUGAAGAGUUGCACUUGGCGAGUUGUCAACUUGAAAACAUCUAUCCACUUCUUCAAUACGCUAAUUUUACUUCACUUCAAGUUCUAAAUCUCGCUCACAAUCAUUUUGUCUCUGAGUUGCCUACUUGGUUAUUCAAUCUUAGUUGUGACAUCUCUCAUAUUGACCUUAGCCAAAAUCAAAUACGUAGCCAACUACCUCAAACAAUGCCGUGUUUUAGAACUCUGAAGUCAUUGGUUUUUUCUCAUAAUUAUCUCAAAGGACCCAUUCCAAAUUGGUUAGGACAACUUGAACGACUACAAGAACUUGAUCUUGCUCACAAUUUUUUAUCUGGUCCGAUUCCCGUAAGUUUGGGAAAUCUAUCAUCCUUGACUAAUUUGAUACUUGAGUCAAAUGAGUUGAAUGGAGAUCUUCCACAUAAUCUCGGGCAACUUUACAACUUGGAGACCCUUCAAGUUGCAGUCAAUUUCUUAACUGGAGUUAUGUCUGAAAGAAAUUUACUUUCCUUGUCAAAUUUGAAGCAACUUUCCAUGAGUUCACCUGACUUGGUCCUUGAUUUUGAUUCUGAAUGGUUCCCUCCAUUUCAACUUAAACGUGUUAGAUUGGGAUGUGUGAGAAACAAACUUCCUGCAUGGCUAUUUAAACAGAGUUCUCUGAAAUAUCUUACAAUUGGAAACUCAAACACUUCAUUUGAACCUCUUGACAAGUUUUGGAACUUAGCAACUCAACUUGAAUUUCUCUCUUUAGAAAAUAACGUUAUCAAUGGGGACAUGUCAAAUGUGUUGCUAAACUCGAAAGUUGUUUGGUUAGUGGGAAAUAAUUUAAGAGGUGGCUUACCUCGUAUAUCAUCUGAAGUGGUUGUUUUACACUUACGUAAUAACUCAUUGUCCGGAUCCAUUUCUACUAUCUUGUGUCAAAAUAUGACAAAUAAAAGAAAUUUAGUGCACUUGAACAUGGCUUACAAUAAUUUAUCUGGAGAACUAACAGAUUGUUGGAAUGAUUGGGAAUCCCUGGUUCUUAUUAAUUUAGAACACAACAACCUAAUGGGUAAGAUUCCUAACUCAAUGGGCUCUUUGUCAAACCUUCGUUUUUUGUUUCUGGGAAGCAAUAAGUUCUUUGGGGAGGUUCCUCUUUCUCUAAGAAACUGUCAUAAUCUUUGUAUAUUUGAUGUUGGUCAUAAUAAUCUUUCUGGGGUUAUACCAAGCUGGUUGGGACAAAAUAUUAAAGGUCUUAAAUUGGCAUCCAAUCAAUUCAGCGGCAAUAUUCCCACAAAGAUAUGUCAACUCUAUUCCUUAAUGGUGAUGGAUUUUUCAAGUAACAGAUUAUCAGGACCUAUACCCAAUUGCUUGCAUAACAUCACAACCAUGAUUGCUAAUUAUGCUUCAACUCGCAGAGUCGGCUUCAUUCUUAAUUUUCCAGGUUUUUCAAUAACCAUUAUCAGUAGCAUCCGGAUCCUUAUAAAAGGAAACGAGUUAUCAUAUGUUGAUUUGAUGAAUGUGAUUGAUCUGUCAAACAACAACUUGUCUGGAAAUGUGCCUUUAGGUAUGUAUAUGCUCACUGGCCUACAAUCUUUGAAUUUGUCCCAUAAUCACUUAAUGGGAACAAUAUCAGAAGGGAUUGUCAACUUGAAAUCGUUAGAAUCCAUUGAUCUCUCAAGAAAUAAUUUCUCUGGAGAAAUUCCCAGAUCCAUGUCUGCCUUACAUUUCCUCGAGGUCUUGAAUUUGUCAUUCAAUAAUUUUAUGGGCAAAAUUCCAUCAGGGACCCAACUUGGUUCUACAAACCUCAGCUAUAUUGGCAAUCCUAGCCUUUGUGGACCUCCACUUACAAAUAUUUGCCCGGGAGAGGAAGAAUUCCAUCGUACAGAACCAAUGGAAGAAGAAGAAGAUGAUGAUAAAUCUGAAAUAUAUUCAUGGUUUUACAUGGGUCUAGGAAUUGGGUUUGCUGUGGGAUUCUGGGGAGUUCUGAUGAGUGCCAUUUUUUUCAACAGGAGAUGCAAUGGCGCUUACAUCUAUUGA